UUUUCUUUGUUCAAACCUCGGGUGACGAAGUUUAUGUGUUUAAAAAUUAUUGUUGACCAAAAGAUAAAGUAAUUUUUCUGACGUUUUCAGUUUUAAGUAAUUACAAAAAUGGGUGCCGUAUUAGGCCUUUGUUCUGCAGCCCAGCUGGCCUGUUGCUGUGGAAGUGCAGCAUGCUCCUUGUGCUGUUCAGCAUGUCCUUCUUGUGCAAAUUCCACAUCUACACGUCUCAUGUAUACACUUAUGUUACUACUGAUGACAGUAGUUGCAUGUAUCACACUUGCUCCGGGGUUACAUGAUGUUAUGAAAAAGGUGCCAUUCUGUGAAAAUUCAACAGGCAUAAUACCUGGCGAUAUUAAAUUUGAUUGUGAUCAAGCUGUUGGAUAUCUUGCUGUUUACAGGAUUUGUUUUGCAACAUGCCUAUUUUUCGUUUUAAUGAUGCUUUUGACAAUUGGUGUCAAGUCUUCCAAGGAUCCUAGAGCUGGUAUACAAAAUGGUUUCUGGGGUAUAAAAUACCUGGUUGUGAUCGGUGGAAUCAUAGGAGCAUUCUUUAUACCGGAAGGUCAAUUCGCAUCGACAUGGAUGGUGUUUGGAAUGAUUGGAGGCUUCUGUUUCAUCAUCAUUCAAUUAAUACUUAUCAUUGAUUUUGCACAUUCCUGGGCUGAGAGAUGGGUUUCAAAUUACGAGGAAAGCCAAUCAAAGGGCUGGUACGCGGCUCUCGUGUUGGGAAUGCUGGCCUGCUAUGCCCUCACCAUCACUGGGAUUACACUUCUCUUUAUCUUCUACACUAAGCCCGAUGGAUGUGACCUAUCAAAAUUCUUCAUAUCAAUCAACCUGAUUCUGAUGGUGAUAGCCAGUGUGGUGUCCAUCCUACCAUCAGUUCAGGAACACCAACCAGGCUCUGGUCUGCUUCAGUCGUCUGUCGUGUCUCUAUACGUCAUGUAUUUGACCUGGUCCGCCCUUUCCAACUCAGCUGGGGAGUGCAAUCCCAGUAUUUCUGCUACAAAUGAGGACCCUAAAGAAGUUUGGACAUCAUUCGACAAGGAGUCUGUGAUUGGAUUAAUUAUAUGGGUGGGCAGCGUGCUGUAUUCGUGCGUACGCACCGCGUCCUCUUCGUCAAAGAUCACAAUGUCCGGUCACAUUUUGGCUAAGAAAGAAGGUCUUAUUGAUAAUGAAGAGGGAGACGGUGGGGAAGCUGGUGAUUCAGAGGAGAAGGUCUACGACAACGAGGCAGAGGACACGGCCUACUCUUGGAGCUUCUUCCACUUCGUAUUCGCAAUGGCAACGCUCUACGUCAUGAUGACACUCACAAAUUGGUACAAUCCAAGCUCACAACUGUCGAAGCAGAAUGUGGCGUCAAUGUGGAUCAAGGUCACUUCGUCGUGGCUCUGCGUGGGCCUCUACGUUUGGACCCUGGUCGCACCCGCCUUAUUACCAGACAGGGAAUUUAAUUAGACUCCUGACCGUCUCAGAGUCGUCAAUUACCUGUAAUGUCGUUAACUAAACCGAUAGUUUGAGGUGAGCUUCAAUAUUGACUUUAUUGUUAAUUAACGGCUCUGAGAACGUUUUCAAGUCAAAGUUGGAGGUUUUGGACUAUUGAGUCUAGAUGUUCUUCGUUUUAGAUCUAAGUGUCUUCAAAUAUUUAAUCCCUUUUAAUUAGUACUUGUGUGUUUAUCUCGUACAAUGAAAAGAAUUAAAAAAUCUCAGAUACAACUAUGAACAAAGCAACUAAAGUACAAUAAAUAAUUGCAUAUUUAAAGCCCGUAUAAGAGAGUUAUACAGAUCACGCAAAAACAAAAAAAAAUAUUUUCACUAUUUCUUCUGUAAUUGAUCUCAAAAUCCCGUAAGUAAUUGAAUAUUGUAUAUAAUCUCAUUAAAUAUAUAUUAAAAUU